UUAAAGCUUAGAUCAGUGCUGUCGCGUUAACGAGGACGCACCCAGCGGCGCAGGUCGAAAGUCGUCUCGGUGCAGCGGUAGAAAUGAAAGCCGGUUUCGGCUAAGCGAAGACGACGACGAAGACCGGAAAGAGUGUCCACAGGAGGAAGUGAGCUCCGAGUCCCGUCCCAGAGUGUCCACGUGAGGAGAUGAGCUUCCUGUCGCUGAUCUAUAGCGGUGGUGAACAUGGCCAGGAAGAUCGUGGGGAGAGGCAGGGGUAAUGUCUCGCAUCUGUCCUCCAGAGGGCUCCUACCUUGGACUCGCUCAGAGCUCUGAACGAGCACUUGACCGUGGUCAGCAGCGUGCCCUGCCGCAUGACCAGCGAGCAGCUGGAGAGAGCCAUGGCAAACGGGUCAGAGCCCUGGGUCAAACCGAACCUGGACGGCAAGUCGCCCAGCCUGGAUGCACUGCGCAGCCUGGAGGAGUGUGUGAAGGUUAUCACACAGCUGGCCCAGGACGUGGAGCAGGUGUGCAAGAGCGGCAGUGAGGGAGGGGGGAGACGGAUGGAUGCCGGGAGGAGGACCCCCGGCCCAGGGCAGGAGCGGGGCGCCACCACCAGCCCGGGGACACAGCGCAGCCUGGAGGAGAGUCGCCGGCUCAUCCUGCAGUGGACAGCCGAGCUGGACAAGCUUUGUCCGCAGAAGCCCGGGCCAGAGGUCCGAGAUGCAGGAGGACACAAGGAUGUGGGUGACAAGCAGAGCAGGGAGACAAAACGGCAGAGGAUCAUGGAUUGGGGCCGAGAGCUGCAGUCUGCAUCAGAGGUCCACUCUAUCUCUAAGGAGGAGGUGAGGCAGAUCCUGAAGAAGGGCCUGAGGAAGAGGAGCCUGGCCCCUGUCCUUCCUCUUCUGGAGUUCAUCACCUGGUCCCUGCUCAGAGAGGAGUGGGAUGAUCCUCAGCUCUGGUUGUCUGCCAGACAGAGGGCUUGGAAAACGGGUACGCCAAGAUACAUCCCCCACUCAGUCUGGACGUGGAUCUGCAGCGCUGCAGCCGAAGUGGAGCUAGAUCCCAAGACCAGCCACUCCUGGCUCGUCCUCUCCGAGGAGAACAAGACGGUGGAGCUGGGAGACUUGGAGGGCAGUGCUCCCGACGGGCCUCAGCGCUUCGACAGCACUCCAUGUGUCCUGGCCUGGGAGGGCUUCUCCUCUGGGCGACACUACUGGGAGGUGGACCUUCCAAACAGCGGAGGCUGGAAACUGGGGGUGACCUCCUCCUCCUCUAAGAGGAAGGGCCGCGUGACCACGCACCCCCAGGGAGGCUACUGGCUGCUUUGGUGCAGCACGAGGACUUUCAGGGCCUGCACAGAGCCCCCCACAGAGCUCCCUCUCUCGCUGCUGCCGCAGGUGAUGGGCGUCUACCUAGACUAUGAGGAAGGCCAGGUGUCCUUCUACAAUGCAGAGACCCAGUGCCACAUCUACACCUUCUCCAACUCCUUCCUGGAGAAGGUCUAUCCGGUGUUCGCUGUCCUGGAUGCCAAGGCCAGGCUCACAGUCAGGUCCCCCAGAGGUUUCACCAGGCUUUAGCAAAAACCAGGCGUCUCCUUCCGGUUCUCGGUGGGUGUCUGGGGGUUAGGUCUUCUGUGAAUCGGCUUCAGAUGAUUCUGAAACUCUGCUCGGACAAAUUUCUGUUUCAGACAACUAUGUGAAGACUAGAAAUGCCUAGAAACAAGCAGAGAGGGAAAGGAAGCCAUCACACAAUGCGUACAACCAGCCUGUGUGCCCAUCCUGUCUGCUAUUUUACAUCUUCAUGACCAUGUGAGCUGGUGAGUGUACGUUGGGUUAUGAGGAUUGUCUGGAAUGGACGUCUCUAUUGCAAAUAUCCCAGAAAUAAAAUAGGUGAGAAAAUAAGAAGGCCAUGGAUUUUUCAGAGCCUUUCCUCUCCCACACUCUGGUGCAGCGUGAACCUGUGAGACAGGAAGGGCUGGUUGCGGUUAAGAGGUCAUACUUCAUACAAAGGGCAACAACCCUUCCAGAGUCAUUCAGGCACACAAAGAACUCCAUCUGUACCUUUCUCCUCUGUAGAAAACGGCACUCUGGCCCGAGACUCUGAACAGAUUAGCCAACAGGAGGCCUUCUGAGGCUAUUGUACAAUCCCAUACAGCAAGAGCACAGAGCCUGUUUAAACAGCAGCUCUAGGAGCUGGCAGUCUGGACCUCGAGUCAGAGUUAACUGAAGUCGUAGCCGAUAUGCAAUGUCAGACAUUGAGGAACACACACCUGCUUAUAACAUGAUUGCUUAUGAGGAUUCCUGCUGUUUGUGACUUCUAGAGAACUUCUCAGAGCUAAAUGUGCUGCAGGGAAGCUAAUGACCGCAAGGCACUGAAGAUGUACUUUUGUAUUGUAAAGUAGAGUGUUUUAUCUCCAUUCAUUUGUUAGAAAUGCAAUAAAAAAGAAAAGCAAAAACGGUACAGUUGGCAGGUUUGCUGGAGACCUGCCCUCCCCCUUUUGUGUAACCAGUGCCGGUCAGCUUCCCUUCUCAGAGCCGAGCUGGAGGCUCAGAGGAGGUCCGGGAGCGGCUGAGCUCCGUGACGUCACGCAGAGGCGCUGAGUGCGCGCCUCUCUGCAGGAUGUCGGCUCAGCCGCGCCGCUGGAAGGAGAGGAAAGCCCGACGCGGGUUCUUCUGGUGCA